AUGAGGCUCCGCAUCUACAAGCGCAAAGUGCUGGCGCUGCUGCUGGCCCUGGCCGCCGCCGCCUGCGCCCUGGCGCUUUGGGGAGGCGCCGGAGAAGCCGGAGGGAAGCGCGAGGCGGACGAUCGGGCGCCGCCGCCGCCUCCACCGCCGCCGCCGGGAGACCAGCCCGGGGCACCGGCCAGCAGCAGCAGCAUCCUCCCCGCCCGGUCCGGCCAGCGGCUGCCCAACGCGUCGUCUCCGGCGUGGCUCCCCGGGGAAGAAGCGUCGGCGUCGGCCAACCGGACGCUGCACUACCGAUCGCUGGUUUACCGGCUCAACUUCGACCAGCCCGUGCGCAACGAGGAGCGCUGGCGGGCGACGGCGGCGGAGGGCGGCGGCGGCGACGGGGCGGACGCGGUGCCGGUGGCGGUGGUGGUGCAGGUGCACGAGCGCGCCGAGCACCUCCGGCUGCUGCUGGCGUCUUUGCGCCGCGCUCCGGGCGCCGACCGGGUGCUGCUGGUGCUGAGCCACGACGUGUGGUCGGCCGAGCUGAACGCGCUGGCCGCGUCGGUGGACUUUUGCGCCGUGCUGCAGGUCUUCUUCCCCUUCAGCCUGCAGCUCUACCCGGGCGAGUUCCCGGGCACCGAUCCGCGGGACUGUGCCCGGGACGUGGGCCAGGCGGCUGCGCUGCGCCUGGGCUGCCUCAACGCGCAAUACCCGGACGCCUUCGGCCACUACCGCGAGGCUGCCUUUGCGCAAACCAAGCACCACUGGUGGUGGAAGUUGCACUUCGUCUGGGAGAGGGUGCGCGCCCUGCGACGCCACCCGGGGCUGGUGCUUUUCCUGGAGGAGGACCACUACCUGGCGCCCGACUUCUACCACGUGCUGCAGCGCCUGUGGGCCGCGCGCCAGAGGGACUGCCCCGAGUGCCAGGUGCUGUCGCUGGGCACCUACGCGCCCGUGCGGGGACCCUUCUCCGGACGGGCCGACAAGCUGGAGCUGAAGACCUGGAAGUCCACCGAGCACAACAUGGGCAUGGCCUUUGGGCGGGACACCUACGAGCAGCUGAUGGGCUGCGCCGAGGCCUUCUGCACCUACGACGACUACAACUGGGACUGGACCCUGCAGCACCUGACCGUCAGCUGCCUGCCGCGCUUCUGGAAGGUGCUGGUGCCCGAGAUCCCCAGGGUCUUCCACACGGGCGACUGCGGCAUGCACCACAAGAGGCAGUGCCAGCCCGCCGCCCAGAGUGCCAAAGUCGACGCCUUGCUGGACGCCAACCGGCAGCACCUGUUCCCCGAGACCAUGGUGGUGGGCAAGAGGUACUCGCUGGCCCCGCUGAGCCCCCAUGUCAAGAACGGCGGCUGGGGAGACAUUCGGGACCACGAGCUCUGCAAAAGUUACCGCAGGUUGCAGUGA